AUGAUUCCUGGGUUGGCGGAAUUGAGAUCUUGGCAGCAGGGUUCCAAGACGGAAUUGGAAUCGGUGCCUGGAUCACCUCAGAGCGUACGUUCCGUGUCGAGUCUUUCAUCAAGUAGCAGCUCGAGGCCCAAGAUCUAUUUCUGCGACUAUGAAGGUUGUAAUAAAUCGUUUGCUAGGCCAUCGACAUUGACAGAGCACCAGGAUGUUGUACAUCGUGGUAUUAGACCCUUUAAAUGCAAUCAGUGUGAGGAAUCCUUUACGAAGCAGAUUCACCUGGAGAGACAUUUAUGGCUACAUACAGAUGAGAGGCCAUUCCACUGUUCACAAUGUGGUAAAGGUGUUGUCACACAGCAGCAUUUGAAAAGACACGAAAUUACUCAUACAAAAUCUUUUAAAUGUACUUAUCCCGGUUGCAAUGAAGCCUUUUACAGGCAUCCAACCCUGAGGUCUCAUAUAUUGUCUACGCAUAGGAAAUUGAUUUGUGAACAUUGUAACAAGGAGCUAAAGAGCCCAGCGGCACUAAGACACCACGAGACCAAAUUCCAUAAUCCGAAUGUAGUCAACCCCUAUCAAUGUACAUUUACCAGUUGUGCUCAGGGCUUCAAGACGUGGACUGCUCUACAGGUGCAUAUUAAGAAUGACCAUCCUAAAUUACGCUGUGAAGUGUGCAGUAAACCUUGUGUGGGUGAACAAGGUUUAAAGAUGCAUAUGAAAGUCCAUGAUGAAAGUCUCGUUGCCAAAAAUUGGAAAUGUUCAAUUUGUGACAGUGAGACUUUUGCCAAGAAGAAUGAAUUGAUAGCACAUUUUGAAAAUAAUCACAGGGACAAAUUGCCGCCACCAUCGUUAGCACAAUCUUUAUUGCCUCCAAAGGAAAAUGAGACUUCUUCUAACGAAUGUAGCGAUCAUAAUGAUGAACAACACAGGAGUCGAAAGCGUAAAAUUUCAGAAUUAGACCAUGCACAGCAAAAUUUAGAGCAAUAUUUUGUGCAAGGUAAAAGUGGUAUGGAUCUGCUGUUGAAUACAGUUGGCAGAAAGAAACAAUGUUAUUACGAUAAAUGUUAUAGGACUUUCAAGACCGAGGAAAGGUACCAGCAACAUAUUGGAAAGCACAAGAUUCACGAUUUAAAAAUGAAAGUUUUGCAGGACAAACAAGAAGAAGAAAUGAGAAAUGAGAACGGUAAGCAGACUGGAACUAGUGGGAAAAUUGAAGAAAUUUGA